AUAACAUUUCACCUCUUAGAACUACUGUGCAGCUUAUGAAGAUGCACCAGAAGGAGUCCAAGAACUACUGAACUGUUUGUUUUGUAGACUUGAGGCCGAAGAAUCACAAUUAUGGAUAGAGAAAACUGAUCUGAUGGGAAGGUGUGACACUAAGUUGUGAUCCAAAACUUUGAACUCCAGCUCUUUCUUCAUAUAAAAGCCAUUCAAGAUAGUUAAGAAGAAAAUAAAAUCUUUGGUGAUAUCUUUGACGCAGUCAGUUACAGUCAAGAAGUUUGAGAUAGACUGCUCUGUUGGACACGCUGAUAAAAGCUGCAGUUAAUUAAGAAUAUCAGUAAACUAGAUUACUGUUAGAGUCGACAACAACCCAAUACAAUUCUCGGUGUGUUGGGCAUCAAGAUGUAGCUCAACCAGAAAAAGCAUUGUUCCGAUUGUUCAGAAAGAAUAUCAGACCGAGGCAUUUCGUUGCUAAGGAUUCAAUGAAAGCCGUCACAUUUUGAAUUCAACUCUUGCUAUAGUGUUGAUUGAAACCCUGCACUUUCAUAUAUUCCUGUGAUUCGGGAACUCCAAAGAUAUCAUAUUUUGCAGGCAGCAAAGCUUUCUUUUAAGAACUUAUAACACCCAAUGAAUAUGCCAAGUAGCUCCCUUUCUUUUAAGAACUUAUAAAUGCUCACAAUUAUCCCAACCAGAAAAGGGAGAAAUAAGAAAACUUUCCACUCCAAAAGGUUGACAUCUACUCUUCACACCAUUCUCCAACUUGAUUACCUACCAUUCCAAAAGGCUGACUCUAGCUCCAAUAUGCAAAAAAAGUUCAAAAAAAGCAUUUUGGAACUAUGAAACAUCAUGGUUUGUCCUUUAUCUUGAGGCAAUCUCUCUAACAUUCCAAACAAAGAAGACAAUCAUCAUUUAGAAGAAGAAGAGAGGAGCAAUGAGCUUCCUGCAUGCUUACAAAUUUUUUGAUUUCGUAGUGUCCGAUAAAACUCAAUCAGAAAGCCACUCUAGUGAACACAUUCCUCAGCCCUUCUUAUCUUAGUUCAGAGAAGCUGAUGAAAACAAGUGUAGAGGAAGCCUUGCUCAAAAUUCCUUGGAAUUACAUCGGAAGAGAGCAUGCAAGAUCCUUGGCAAGUAGAUUGCAGUGUCUGAUUUUUUAAAAUGCAGAAGAAGCUAGCAAUCUAUUUAACAUGUUCAAAAGGCUGGCUUUAGCUUCGUUUCUUGACAAAAGCAAAACCAUGUGCAAACUAGACAUAUGGGGCCAUUUAUCUAUUCAAUCAGGAAGACAUUUGAUCAGCAUCACAUGGCUAUAUUUCCCAUUCAAGUAAAUCAGUUGAGCUAUUUUCUGGGCAAAUACCAUUAACCUUCUCCUCCCAUUCUCGUUUGGAUGGCAUACAUGGUUGAGCUGUCCACAUCUGUUCAAAGGCAGUAAAAAAAAACUAGUGAUGUUUUUCCAAAGAAGGUGUCAUACCAAACUACCACUCCUUGUCCUGUACCUACCAAUAAUCUAGACAUUAUGAGAAAACAUAACAUGUGGUAAUGACAGAGUGGUUGAGCUAUCUCAAGUUCAUUAUAUUCAUAUCACUUAUUCCACCUUCUAAAGGAUCCUAUAUCUACAAUAUAAACACAUCCCAGUUGGUAUUCAACAACACAAAAACUCAAAGAAUUUCUUCACAGUUCCCACAAAACAUUACUUAAGCAUCCAAAAGCUAUUUCAUCAUUUAACACUUGCUCCAGCCUCGAGAUUCUAAAGAAAAAUGGCCAUCAGUAUGGGGCGCAUUCUCCGUGGGAAGCAAGGAGGCCUCAGAAGGUCUUCCUCAAGAACAAUUAGAGAAAGUGAGGUUCCUAAGGGUCACUUUGCAGUAUAUGUAGGCGAGGGCGAGAAGAAACGCUUUGUCCUUCCAAUAACAUACUUGAAGGACCAUUCAUUCCAAGACUUGCUAUGUCAAGCAGAGGAAGAAUUCGGAUUUGAUCAUCCAAUGGGCGGGCUUACGAUUCCUUGUCCAGAGGAUACCUUCAUCAGCAUCAUCUCUGGCAUGAGUAAUAGGUCUUGAUAGACUACAGAGAACUUACUAUGUAGACACCACAACAAUUUUGUAGUCUGUACUGAAACAUAUUCUUGUACAAUGUUAUACUAGAAUUUUUUUUCCCUGAUCAGAUUGGGAAAUAUUAGAAAUUUAAAUUCUUUUAUCAAUAGUUCUGAAUAUAUUUACCUCGCAAUACUCCUUUUCCCAAAUGGUUGAAGUGAUUGGAAACGGAGUUUAAUAAUUCCAGACAUUUUAAAGCUCUAAUAGAAAUUAAGAUUUAUAACUCCUAAUCAUAGGCUGAGUGCACAGAGGUAUCCAAUCUCAAUAACAUAUCAUCAUGCAAGCUGGAAAAUAACUCAAAGAUUACAAAUCUAUAUAGCCAAAUUCCAGUACUUAGGUACUCAUCCCCCUAAAGAUCAAACUCAAGCUAAUACUAAAGAUUUAGUUUUACACCUGUGAAUAUAGCAUCAAGAUUAGUACAAAAUAGUUAAAAUUUGAAAUAUAAUUCUAGAAAUUACUUGAUAAAAGACCCGUACAAAUUAGAUGCUAAAAAAGAUUAAUCCAAAAACAGGGAUCCAAUAGAGACACAUUUUUGCUCACCUUGAAGGAAUCGGAUUAGUUGCGAAUCGAUAAAUGGAGCCAAUAGUUAUGUUCUUCCCUACCGAAUCCUGGUCGCAUCUAAUUUCUUAUCAGGCGUAGAAAAAAUGAAUGAAGGAUGAAAGG